AAAGAAAUGAACAAGAAACCACCUAUUGGUUGAUUCGUUCUAUUUUUAGUCCCAUAUAAAACCGUCUUUGCUACGUAUUUCUUUGUUAAAUCUCCUACAAUUUAUACCCAAAUUCGUCGCCGUCUUCUUCUUCUUCUAUGUCGAUAGUAUAUGGCAUCCAAGGCCAGCUCCUAGAAGUCACUGUUGUUGCUUGUAACAAAUUGAAGGACACUGAAUGGAUUUCAAGGCAAGAUCCCUAUGUUUGUCUUGAAUACGGCAGUUCUAAAUACCGUACUCGUACCUGUACUGAUGGAGGAAAAAACCCUACCUUUCAAGAGAAAUUCGUGUUUACUCUCAUUGAAGGGUUGCGAGAGAUUAACGUUGUCGUCUGGAAUAGCAAUACCGUUAAUACUGAUGAUUUCAUUGGAAGCGGAAAGAUUCAGCUACAGAAAGUUCUGUCACAUGGAUAUGAUGAUACUGCUUGGCCACUCCAGACGAAGAGGGGCAGGCAUGCAGGAGAGGUUCGACUGAUAAUGCACUACGCAAAUGCCAAUAAGCCUGCAACAAGCCAUGCUCCAUCAGGCUCUCCAUAUGGAGCACCAACUCCUGGAUCAUAUCCAUAUUCUGCAGCUCCGCAGCAUGCAGUUUCUCACCCACCACCUUCUGCCUAUCCAGCACCAUCUCACCCACCACCUUCUGCGUAUCCGGCACCAUCUCCUUAUCCCGCAGUCCCGCCUCCUUCUGCAACAUAUCAUCCACCAUCUCCUUAUCCUCCUCAACCGACAGCUUAUCCUUCACCUUACUCAUCAACUUCAGCAUAUCCACCUCCGCCUUAUCCUCCACAGGGUUAUUCUUAUCCUCCAGGUCCAUACCCUGGAGCCUAUCCUCCGCGAUCACACUAAUGCUGUGUUCUUAAAUGCUUGGACAACAAAUGCACAUAUAUGCUUUCAUGUAGUAGUCUUAUAGCUUUGUCUGACAUCGAAAUUUCAGGACUUCUCAUGACAUGUUUGUGAUUGCUAUGCUUGAAGCUGUAUGAUAUUGUAGAAUCUGAAAAGGAUCCAAAAGAAGCUUAUGUUUUAGUUGCCUGUUUUAUAUUCCCUGAAGCGGAAUGUACAGUAAUCUUCUAUCAGAUAGGUUCAACUGGCGUUUGUACAAGAACUAUGAUGCCGUAGUAGAGUCUGGAAUCACCGAAUUGUCAUUCUUGUUUACAGGGCACUUUUCAGAUUAUAUUCUUUGGAUUGUUACAUCAUGUUGAUAGUUGAUAUGCCAGCUUUAUUUGUUGAACAAAGUAGAAGAAUUUUUUUCUCGGUAUCUUGCCUCCUGGCCACUGAAAUUGAAUUUAUCAUGUAAGUUUUUUUAAAAAUUAAUAAUAGCAUGUUGGAUUGAGAAUA